GAGCGGAGAAACGAAAACUUCUUGACUCGGGGGACCCAUGCAUGUAUCUUGCAAGAAAGUACGGGCACUCAUCAGUUGAGUGGAAGAAUCUCCUCGGGCAUUGGGAGAAGAAGACGGGUCCCUUCUCAGGAUUCAAGUACAAAGUCCCCUCGGAGGAGGAGGUGGGGCAAAGGAAGACUUGUCGCAUCCCACCGGUUGUCAUUGCCAUUAUUGCGUCUCAAUACCACGGCCCGAACGGCAACAGACCUGCAAAGCAGCAUGCCAAUGCGGUGCAGCACCUGGCCAAAAUCCACCCAGAGUACACGGAGAUGGAAUGGAAGCGGGUUAUGAAAUUUUGGAGACUCAGGAAGGGCAUGUUUGACCGAGCCAAGGGCUUCUGGUCGCCUGACAUGACGCGAAAACAGGUAGAGCAACUCUUCUCGUGCGAGUCUAGGCAGACCGCGGAAGACGCUCCCAGCGUUAUCGGUGAAGUCGAGCCUUUCCACGACUCGGACGCCGACGACGUGUCCAGCAACGGGUCAUCCAACAGUGGGGACAACAGCCACGGCAUCCGAAUGUCGAGCCGAAUCUGGCUGUUCCCAAAAGGACCAACCUCUACUCUCCGUUCGAUGGGGAGGAGCGUCGGCUGA